AUGAUCGACGUGCGGAGCCGCCGCUGCGCGGAGCCAGGCUGCAAGCGGCAACCGAGCUACGGGUUCGAGGGCAAGAGGGCCUGCUAUUGCGCCGCCCACAAGCUGGAGGGGCAGGUGGACGUGGUGUCGCGGCGGUGCGAGGAGCCGGGGUGUCGAAGACGGCCGCUCUACGGCUAUGAGGGGCAAAAGUCGCAGUUUUGCAGCGCACACAAGCAGGAGGGGCAGGUGGACGUCUGCAACCGCCGUUGCCAGCACCCGGGCUGUUCUAAGCGCCCUUGCUUCGGGCUGCCGGGGCAGCGGCCGUGCUUUUGCGGCUCCCAUCGGUCUCCGGAGAUGGUGGAUGUGAUCAGUCACAAGUGCGCGUACCCCGGCUGCAGCCACCCCACCGGCCACGAGGCUAACCGAGUGCGCUCCAAAUUCUGCGACAAGCACAAGUCGGUCGGGUUGGCCGGCGCGUCGUUACUUCAGCUGGCUGGUGGCGCCGAAAGCUCCGCUUCUUCACCCGCCCCCACCGGCACCGGGCAGAACGCGGCAAACUCACCGCCGCCAGAGGGAGCAACAGCAGGAGGGGGGCCCUGGAUUAGCGGCAAUCAAAUGCGCGGCGGCGGUUUGCCCGCUGGUGCCGAUGAACAGCAGCCGCCGGCCUCCGUGCAGCAAAAACAUGCCCCCGCCGCCGCCGAGCCUCGAACGCGCCGGGCGAGCUUCAACGCCCCCGCCGUGGCGCCAAUCAUCCAGCCCGUGCUCCCCGACUUGAAAACGCAGCACACGCGCAGGUCUUCCAUGCCCGCCCCGCUUCUUCCUUCGGUUCAGUCCCUCCUCGACGAUAUCCCGCACGGCGGCCUGAAGCGGCAGCGCGACGAGGGCCGCGCCAGGCAGCAGCCGUACGACACGGAUGCGGACUCGGCGACGUCGUCGUCGUCGUCGCCUCUACCGCCACCCCCGGGGCCUCCAGAGGAUGCUGCAGGUUUCGCGCGUCCCGGCCCGGCGCACGUUGCCGUCAGUGGGUCGGCGGCGGAGAAAAGAGGCGGGCGCGAGGGACGAGUCGACGAGAGCGGCCGCGAUGCCUCUUCUGUGGCCGCUGAUGGUGCCUCGGCGCAGGCCCGAACCCCGAAGAAGACCACGAGCCUCUUCUCUGGGCCGGCGGCGGCGGCGGCGGCGGCUGGGAACGCCCAGCAGCAGGACGGGGAGCGGGCGACAAGGCGGAAGGUUUGGAACCCACACCAGAGCCCGCCUUCCAGCACCACGGGGUACGUCACGUCUUCCCCGGCGAUGAAUUGGAGGCGGGAUGGCGUGGCGACGUUGGGAAGAGCCGCGUCCUUCGAUGAGGCGAGGUUGGCCGAGAGGAAGAGCGGGAUGCAGAGCGAGGACUCCUCGAAGCCCCGCCGCGCGUCGGCCUUCGUGACCCACGGGAGCGCCCUGCCGCCGAGGGUGAUCGAGAUGCACAGGCGGGACUCAGCGUACGAGACCCGCACGGUGCCGGCCGGCGCCGGGCGGGUGGCCCACUACAGCGACCUGCUGUCGGCGAACGCGUCCUCGCGGUCCGUCACCGCCUUCAACGGCCGCCCGGGCUACUCCCCGUCGCUCACGCUGGCGCACCCGGACGCCGUGAUCGAGGAGGAGGCCGUGGCCGGGGCGGCGGCGGCGGGACAGAGAGAAGACGGAGCGGGGGCUGGGGCACCGAGCGGCGGGGGCAGGCCCCCCAUGCCGGGCUCAAGGGCGGCGGCGCGGAUGUUCCACGUCAUGCCCGCGACAGCGGUGUUCGCGGGCGACCUGCCGUCUUACGCGCGGGGCGAGACUCCUUCCAAGGCGACGACAGCGGCGGCGGCGGCAUCAUCGGCAGCCCAGGCGGGUGGGGGGGGCGGCAGGCGGCGGUGGUCCGUCCUCGACCCGGCGGGGCCAGCGGCGAAAGAAGGGGGCGGGGCGGCGGCGACGUUGGUGGCGGCGUGGGGUGCACCCGUCGACGAGGGAACAGAAGACAAGGACGACGCCGCCGACGCGGGGACGACGAGCGCGGUCGAGGAUCGGGGGAUGGGCAGCCGACGAGCAGGAAGCGGGGUAGGGAACGUCGGAGAGUAUCAGGCGCCGAAUCGACACCCAAGACGCGGCUCGAUGAUGACUCCGGCGGCACCGGCGGGCAGGCCGCGUACCACGGCCCUGGCCCGCUCGCCGCCGCCGCCCCGCCAAACCACCAGAGCCAGGCGGCGGCCGCGGCGGCGGCGGCCGCGGCGAGCGCGUUCGUCCCCGCUUGGGGUGCCCCGGCCAACGACGGGCCGGGGCAGGAACCAAGGGGGCGAUCAGCCGAGAGCGGUGUUGCCGGGAGGAGAGAUGGCCGGCGCGCGGGGGGUAUAUUCGGCGGCGGGGACGGGGGCGCGCUCGGGGGUGAGAGCGGAAACGAGAGCGGGACGUUUUCGUCGCUGCCACAGCGCCCUGGUUUGUCGGGGGUUGCGGGGUUGUCGGAGGAGGGAGGGCCGCCGCCGGCGGCUGCAAGACGCGGCUCGAUGAUGGCGCCGUUGGCGCCGAUAGGAAGGAGAGACCAGAAGGGCCCAUCAACAGCGGCGGCGGCGGCGGCGGCGGCGGCGUCCGUUCCGCCUUCUUGGGGCGCACCUCCGGCGCCCAGGCGUGCCUCUGUGUGCACGUCUGGCGGACCUUCCGGUACGCCAUCGCAGAGGCGAGGGUCGUUUGUUGUUGGCAUGGCCGCAACGAUGGCAUCCAAGGAGGAGUUGCCGUCAGUUGAGGAGGGUAUCCAGGCCCAGCGACAGCGGGGAUUCAUCAUGGUGCCGACCAAGCCGGAAGAUUGCCCAGCCGACGUGGGGGGGGGUACGAGGCAAUCCGAUGGCCAGCGGCGGCAGCAGCAGCAGCAGCAGCAGCUACAACAACAACAACAACAACAACAACAACAACACUCACGGCGAGGAUGUAUGGAGGACGAGAGUAUGGGGACGGCGCCGAGUAGUUAAUCGGGCGUGGCCGUGAGGGCGGGCUGAAUGCCUGUGAUGGAGCGGUGCCGACAUCCGUUACUACACUGGCAGAGAAUUGCUGUGUUGAGGAUGUUUUUUUUGUGAAGGAAAGGUGGAGGCUUCGAGGAGCAGUUCGGUGGGUUUGCGUUUGCGGACGCUCUAUGCAGCUGUGCCGGUAGUUGUGCGUAACCAGUAGAGUAGAGGCAGGAAACGACUCGUGUGGAGAGGCGACGUCUGAAGGGGGGUCGAAAGGCGCGAGCGGUGGUGUAGCCGUGUUCCCAGCUAUACCGCCUCCAGUGCCCGACCGAUUUUUGGGCUGCGGUACCAGUGUUGAUUUGUUUUGGUACCCGUGUGCAUGUUUGUGUUGUGUGGACCAACCUCACCACCUUGUGCCUGUUUAGUUAUUAACGCCCGAUGUCUUGAUUGUUUUUGAGUCCUGGCCGGUUCUUUUGUAGGACCCAGUCAUGCCGGAGUCGAAAGCCACUUUUCUUUGCCCUGAUUUUUUGUCCAGAUUUGUCUUUUUUGUGUGUAUUACGAUGACCCUUUUGUGUGCUUUUUUUCAGGGCUGCCUGUUUGGCCAAUUUUUGGUUCGCCACGCAUUAGAUUGUGACUAACCUCCCCCGGCUAUUCUCUCCGUUGGCGCAGCUGUUUUCUCUGGAAACUUGUCGAAACGUUUGGAAUUGAUUGUUGCGGAUGCUUGGAUCUGAAUCUUGUACAGCAGUAGUGGAAGUGUAGUUGCCGUGGGCGGUGUAGCUGGCGCGGCCUGGUGUUGCCUGCGCUUCCCCCCUUUCGCGCAAGCCCUGCCCCUACCUUGAAAUCAAUGGCCAAUGAAAAAAUGAUGAAAUGUGUAUGUUGAGACUAGCGGCAUGGCAGUAGAGUUUAGGAUUAGGUUCGCGAUGCGAACGGUACAUACGUCGGUGUUUCUAGUGAUGAUGGGGGGAGACUACAAUCUAUCGUAUGAGUACUAAACUGGGUUUACGACGGAGGGCGGUGUGCAGCAACACUAAACUAUGUAGCGCGAGGAACCAUACACUUCCGAAUUUUCGUAUGCGACCUUUGUCAUGAGUCAAAAUCACCCGCCCCGUUUUUUCUGUGUUCGAGUGUGUUUGUUCCUCUGCGGCUUUGUCGGUGUUGUGAUACGUGUCAUUGUGUCUUGUGUUUGUGUUUCGAGUGACUUUUUGGCCUUGCCCUUUCCACACACCUACCCCGGGCAACAUUAGAAUGUGUAGACCCUGGAGCUGAACCUCCAAUAGCAGUAGCGGGGAUUGUACGUCGGGAGGGGGGGGUGCGGGGCGGCAGCACAGCGUGGUAGCGUAGUUGAGUUCCCAUUGGCCCAAAGCGAUGCUCUUCCGUUCUCGCCUGUCGUUUUGCUCAUGCAUUUCGCCUGCGAACGACUGCUGUGUAUGUACCGUUCUCGCGUGUAGCAGUGAGAGUAUCACGGUAGGAGCUUUGGCGCUUGCCGGCGGCGUCGGUGGCACCAAAUGUUCUCCUCCGAGAACAGAGGGUCAUCAUGUUUUAGCAUAAUUAGGGGCGCACUAUUCGCUGCGCAAUUGUUGACCUGAACGGCAUGCACGUUGACAUGGAAAGUUCGAUAUGAUCAUCUUUGGGACUACUGCUGAACGUUGAGGUCGUUGGGAGAUUGAAAGAGGCGACAGCAGCAGUCGAUAGUCGUUUUUGUACUCGAAGGGUUUACUCGUGGAUGUCGCGUAUGCAUAGAGAAACGAAUGGACUGUAGAUUUCAGAUGAGUUUCAACAACGAAAAACGAACACAAGAGGGCACA